UUUUUUUUUCUUCCCAGCGUCUUGCGCGGACGCGCACACACUCCAUUUCCACUCUCACUCCAAAACCGAUCCCGGUGGGAAAGAGUGCAGAGUGCCGCCGACGUCCUAGUGCGUCCGUCUUUCCCGGAGAUGUAGGAAGAGAAAAGUGCGCUCGAACGUGGCUCGCCCUUUUUAUUAUUAUUAUUAUUAUUAUUAUUAUUGCUGCUGCUUUUAUUCUGCAAACAGGACGCGGCGGCAUUGGGGGGGUGAACCUGUGUCUUUCGGGGGAGGCAGGGAACAUUUCGCGAGGACGCCGCGCGCGAGAGGGGGUGCAUUCCUGUCCGCGUGAGAGUGGGGGGCGCGCGUGUCGGCGCUGGUGAAAUAAUGGUAGCGCGACGCACAUCCGGGCCACCGGGCCGUGACUCCAUUAUUCAGCCACUGUGAAGCUGGCGAGCAAGAGAGGAGAGGAGGAGGGAGGUUGGAGGGGGGUGGCGGAGGGGAGGAAAAAAAAAAGAGAGAUACUUUGUAAAUAUUUUCUAGCGUCGCAACUCAAGCUGGAAAGCGGCGAAGGACAUGUCUAACCAGGGGGUGAGGAGGAACGGCCCCGUGAAACUGCGUUUGACAGUUUUGUGUGCAAAAAACCUGGUGAAGAAAGACUUCUUUCGACUUCCCGACCCGUUUGCGAAGGUGGUGGUGGACGGCUCGGGACAAUGCCACUCCACGGAUACGGUGAGGAACACCCUCGACCCCAAGUGGAACCAACACUAUGACCUGUACAUCGGGAAGUCCGACUCCAUAACGAUAAGCGUGUGGAACCACAAGAAGAUCCACAAGAAGCAGGGCGCGGGGUUCCUGGGCUGCGUGCGCCUCCUGUCGAACGUCAUCAACAGGCUCAAGGACACUGGCUAUCAGAGACUAGACCUCAACAAGCUUGGCCCUAAUGACAACGAUACUGUGAGGGGGCAGAUAGUGGUGAGUCUGCAGUCCAGGGAUCGGAUAGGCACAGGCGGGCCUGUGGUGGACUGCAGCCGCUUGUUCGACAACGACUUACCCGAUGGCUGGGAGGAGCGCCGGACGGCCUCGGGCCGCAUCCAGUACCUCAAUCACAUCACGCGCACCACGCAAUGGGAGCGACCCACACGGCCGGCUUCUGAGUACUCCAGCCCCGGGAGACCCCUGAGCUGCCUGGUGGACGAAAACACGCCCAUCGUGGGCACGAACGGCGCCACGUCCGGACAGGGCACGGACCCCCGGGCGCAGGAGCGGCGAGUCCGGUCGCAGAGGCACAGGAACUACAUGAGCAGGACACAUCUGCACACGCCCCCCGACUUGCCCGAGGGCUAUGAGCAGCGAACGACGCAGCAGGGGCAGGUGUACUUCCUCCAUACGCAGACAGGGGUCAGCACUUGGCACGACCCCAGGGUUCCCAGGGACCUGAGCAACGUGAACUGCGAGGAGCUGGGCCCGCUGCCGCCGGGCUGGGAGAUCCGCAACACCGCCACGGGCCGCGUCUACUUCGUGGACCACAACAACCGCACCACGCAGUUCACCGACCCGCGGCUCUCCGCCAACCUGCACCUGGUCCUGAACAAUCCGAAACCCAACGGUUCCCGUGUCAGCAUGGAGAGCCAGAACAGUAACCUCAGCCGCCAGAACCAGCUGAAGGAGCAGCACCAGCCCCCCCAGGUGCUGGUGUCCCCCAGCCAGCUGCCAGAGGAGCCCGAGUGCCUGACGGUGCCCAAGUACAAGCGUGACCUGGUGCAGAAGCUGAAGAUCCUCCGCCAGGAGCUGUCCCAGCAGCAGCCCCAAGCUGGCCACUGCAGGGUCGAGGUGUCGCGCGAGGAGAUCUUCGAGGAGUCUUACAGGCAGGUGAUGAAGAUGAGGCCGAAAGACCUGUGGAAGAGGUUAAUGGUGAAGUUCCGAGGGGAGGAGGGCCUGGACUAUGGAGGAGUAGCCAGGGAAUGGCUAUACCUGCUGUCCCACGAGAUGCUGAACCCUUAUUAUGGGCUGUUCCAGUACUCCCGCGACGACAUCUACACCCUGCAGAUCAACCCCGACUCGGCUGUCAACCCGGAGCACCUGUCGUACUUCCACUUCGUGGGCCGGAUCAUGGGCAUGGCGGUGUUUCACGGGCACUACAUCGACGGCGGCUUCACGCUGCCCUUCUACAAGCAGCUGCUGGGCAAGCCCAUCACGCUGGACGACAUGGAGUCCGUGGACCCCGACCUGCACAACAGCCUGGUGUGGAUCCUAGACAAUGACAUCACCGGCGUUCUGGACCACACCUUCUGCGUGGAGCACAAUGCCUACGGGGAGAUCAUUCAGCACGAGCUGAAGCCCAGCGGGAAGAGUAUCCCUGUUACUGAGGAGAGCAAGAAGGAGUAUGUCAGGCUGUAUGUGAACUGGCGGUUUCUGCGCGGGAUCGAGGCCCAGUUCCUCGCCCUGCAGAAGGGCUUCAACGAGGUGAUCCCCCAGCACCUGCUCAAGUCCUUCGACGAGAAGGAGCUGGAGCUCAUCAUCUGUGGCCUGGGCAAGAUCGACAUCGCCGACUGGAAGUCGAACACGCGGCUGAAGCACUGCACGCCGGACAGCAACGUGGUCAAGUGGUUCUGGAAGGCGGUGGAGAGCUACGACGAGGAGCGGCGGGCGCGGCUGCUGCAGUUCGUCACCGGCUCCUCCAGGGUGCCUCUGCAGGGCUUCAAGGCCCUACAAGGCGCGGCUGGGCCCCGGCUCUUCACCAUCCACCAGAUCGACGCCAGCACCAACAACCUGCCCAAAGCCCACACCUGCUUCAACCGCAUCGACAUUCCUCCGUACGAGACCUCGGAGAAGCUUUACGAGAAGCUGCUGACGGCCAUCGAGGAGACGUGUGGCUUCGCCGUGGAGUGAGGGGGCCCCCCCCGCCCCGGGACGCCGCCUGUGACCCACCCGCCUGCGGCUGGGCAUGCUCAGCCCGCGCCCUCCCUCGUGGGCACCCAAGCCCGGCGCCGCUCGCCCUCUGCACCACCCUGGAGGCACCUUGUGUGGCGGAGGAGUCGCGUGGCCUGGAAACGCCCCUUUCCGCCCAAAAAAAGACGAGAAAAAAAAACACAGUCCCCUGGCCUCGGCCACAGGACGCUCUUUCAGCUGCUAGAACUAAGACGUUAACUAUCUGGAGCGUGCAGAAUGCUGGCUGUUUUGUUUUUUUUUUGUUCGUGACCCUGACAGUUAAGACAGUGUUCUACAUAGUAUUUCCUCACUUACAGAAACAGACUACUACUGUUUAUUUUAGUUAGCCAUUUAGUUGUUUUUUUUUCCAUUUUUUUUUUUGUUCCUCAUGUUUUUCCUUCCACACAAACGCAAACACGGCACCAGGUUAAGAGGAGGGAUCUGAGGCAGGCAGGGAGCCUCGUCGCCAUGGAGAUCUCUUCGUGUUCUUUGUCCUGUUGCUUGGAAACCCAGGACUGCAUGUACAUCGCUGUGCUGCACAGACUCUUGGGCAUCUGUGAAGACUGGACCAUUGGCCAGCAUUCAGUUUCGGGCCCUGCCUGGAGACGGGUCCACACUGAAAGUUAGUGCUUCCGGCUGGAGAAGAGCCCCCUCUUACAGGGUCUCCGGUAUCUUUUUCCAUCAUAAGCCAUUCAGGGGCUAACAGGCUUUGCAGAUCGACCUGGCUGAAAGCAUUGGGUUCUUUUUCAAAGACAGACAUCUAAAUAUGUUUCUCUUGUAAACCAGUGUAAAAAAAAAAAAACAAUCUGUCGGCUGCCUCUGUUAAAUACGUUGAAUCGUGUUAUUUUUAUAUUGAAGGGAAAUAAAAAAAACUAACAAACUAAACAUUAUUCCAGGAAGAUAAAAGCAAAGCAUCCUAGUCAUCCUAGAAUGUCCUUAUUAAUUGUUAAAAGUAUUGAUGUUUAAAUUAUAGACUGUGUGUGAAACAAACCUAAGCUUGAAUGAAGUUCAUGGACUUGUGGGGGGAAAAAGGAAGUAGGGAGAGGGUUCCAAGAGGAAAUCAUGCUUAAAACAAUGAAAUAUUUACCUUGAAUAAAGUCCUCGUUCAUCAUUUGAAGUCGUAUUUUUAAAUUGGUCUAUAAAUUGAAUUGCAAUCUUAGGAGCAAAUCUGGUGCCACUGGUGUUUUUGAAAAUGUGAAUGCUCUGCCUAAAGAAACUUGUAUUUAAGGUAAAAUUAUUCCAUGUUUUAAAUACGAGCUCACCUUUUGAAAAAAAAAGCAGGAAUCAUCCUUGCAACUUUAGAGCACUUUAAGAUGUGUGUGUAGGGGGGGGUGUGAGGAGAUGGUUCUGUCAUGGUUUAAAAAUGAAUACCCUAGUGUACUCCCCUGUAUAAUUUAAAUAUAUACACUUGCAGAAGGAAUUAUUGCAAUUCUGUAUCUGGAACAAAUACAGCGUUUGAGUAACUUCUGGUCAACUUCCCUCCUAUGUUUAUUGAACACUCCUUCAUUGUAGCAAGUGCCAAUUACAAGAUUCUCACGCGUGAACUGCAGGCCAAUGUUACAACCUCAUGACAGUCACUAGUUUAUUCACUGCAGGUCCAUGAGCACUUUCUAGGAUGAAUGACUGUUUAUUACACUUCUAAAGCAUAUAGUGCUGUUUCAGGUGCACAAUGAAAAUAGUUUGCACUGCAACUGUAUAGGAAUACACCUGUAACUUAGAGUUGUCUCAAUUUAUAUUUUGUAUAUGCUGGCUCUUUGUACCCUUUAAAAAAGCUACAUGUAUCCCAGACCUCAGCUUGCUCUGUGUUUCUCAGGUGAUGCCAUCUUUAAAAAAAAAUGGCAAGCCACUGGGCAAAAAAAAGAAAGAAAAGGCCUCACUCACUGCCACCUUUCUUCCUCACCCUACCUGCUGAGAAACUGCCAUUCACAAAUCUAGGCUGUUAAACCGUGCCCCCCACCAGACUAUCAGUCCUGUCCAAGUGAUGGGCUUCCUCUGUUGUCUCCCUGCUGGCUAUCCCACAUUCCUCACCUUCACCACCAGCUUAAUUUCCCCACUUUUGCUAAAACCUUUAUAGCUGCCUGUCCAUAGCAAUCUAAUUAUGACCAUGGACUGUUCUUAACUUGCAUACACUCAAAUGUAUUUUUCACCUUUUUUUUUAAGUAACUGCAAAACAAAUUGUUCAGCUGCUGGGUGAAGAACAAUAUCCCAGGAUGGUGCUUUUGUAUAGUACAGUUCAUAUUCAAGGAUCACAGAACCUUUAAUUUAUCCUUAACUUAAAGGACAAACAUUUUGCACAGUUGCAGACUUAAGUUGCUUAACUGAAUGGGCAACUUUAAUCUAUUUACCAAAUAGUUUAUGGACUAAUUUGACAUCUAUUUUUGCCACAUGUCCAGUACAUGCAUACUGUUCCCCUGUUCCUUCCAGAGACUUUUUUUUUUGAUACGUCAGCAAGUUGGUGCAGUCUCAAGGAAAUGCGUGUCCAUCCACGCGUCCGUUAACUCAUCUAUUGGAGGAGCCUGUGGGGAUACAGCCUAUUGCUUUGUUGCAGGCUCUGUUCUUCAACUUGCAAACUCUUCUCCUAACUGACCAGUGCAAUGUGUUGUAUGUAACAGUUUAUCUUUUUUUUGUUUUAAUAGAGUAUUGUUUUGUGUAAUUAGUUUAACUUACCUAUUACUUUCCUCUAGCAUUUAAGCCACAGUGUUUUUAGUUUUACCAUUUCCAUUCAGUUUGUAUUUAUUACAGUGUGUAUAGCAUUGAUGCCUGCUGUACCUUUUCACCCCACCUGUUAACGCUUUAACAAUAACACCUGUAUGAAAACCAAUAUUAAAAAAAAAAUCUUAACUUUCUUGUAUCCAUGCAGAAGAUGAGCAAUAAACUGUAUGCUGUUUGCACCCUCACAGCAUAAUGUUUAAUA